AUGGCAAAUAAUUCAUUACAUAAACUAAAUACCGAAUUUGUUAAAUGUGAAAGUUUAGACGACAGUGUUACAAUGGAAGAAAAUGGUAAAAUAAAAAAUGAAAUACUAGAAGACCAUACAAAUACUACAAUGGAAAAUGUUCGAAUUAAAAAUGAAAUACAAGAACAAAGUGUAAGUGAUUGUGAUCCGAUAGAACAUAAACGAAUUGAAAAUGAAGUACUUGAAGUGAACGGUGCUAGUACAAAACAAAAAGUAAUUCGUGAAUAUAAAUGUGAAUUUUGUAAUAAAAUAUUUGGUAACUCAAGUAAUUUGAGUAAACACCGAAAGAUUCAUACUGGAGAAAGAUACGUAUGUGAAGUAUGUAAGAAAACAUUCAGUACAGCAAGUAAUUUAGCGAAACAUAGACGAAUUCACACUGGAGAAAGACCAUUUGUAUGCGAGAUAUGUAAAAAAACAUUUAACAGGCAAGAUUGUUAUGUUGAACAUAAACGGAGACAUACCGGAGAAAAACCGUAUUCAUGUGAUGUUUGUGAAAAACGAUUUAUCCAACAAAAUCAUUUAGUCCAACAUAAAAGGAUUCACACUGGAGUGAAACCAUUUUCAUGUGAUAUAUGUAAUAAAACAUUUAAUCGAAAAAGUUAUCUAAUUGAGCACAAUUGGAUUCACACGGGAGAAAAAUCAUUUUCAUGUGAUAUUUGUAAAAAAAAAUUUGCUCACCAAGACAGUUUAAUUAAACAUAACAGGAUUCAUACUGGAGAAAAACCAUAUUCUUGUAGUUUUUGUGAUAAACGAUUUAUUCAACCAAGCGAUUUAGUGAAACAUAAAAGGACACACACAGGAGAAAAACCAUAUCCGUGUGAUUUCUGUGAAAAACGAUUCAAUCAACAAAAUCAUUUGAUAAACCAUCGAAGGAUUCAUACCGGAGAAAAACCUUAUUCAUGUGAAUUAUGUAAUAAAAAAUUUAGUACACGAAGUAGUUACGUUAAACAUAAACGUACUCACAGCGGUGAAAAAUUCUCAUGUGAUAUUCGAAAGAAAAUAUUUAAGAAACAAGUUCAAAAUAAACAGGUUCACAUUGAAGAAGAAAAACAAUUUACUGAUCUAAGCACAUCUAAAAAAGUUGAAGAAAAACCAUUUUCUAUUCCUAAUCAAAUUCCAAUUGGAGAAAAUCCAAUUUCUUGUGAUGUUUCUGGAAAAACAUUGACUGAUCGAAGUAUAGUUAAAAAGAUUCCAAGUGGAAGAAAACCAUAUUCAUGUGAUAUUUGUGAUAAAAUAUUUAGUUCACAAAGUAAAACUGGAGAAAAACCAUUUUCAUGUGAUACUUGUAAUAAAACAUUUACACAUAAAAGUCAUUUAAAAACACAUCAAUUCGUUCACACUGGAGAAAAAUCAUUUUCGUGUGAUAUUUGUAAAAAAAGAUUUAUCAAUUCAAGCCAUUUAAAUCGACAUAAAAAGAUUCAUACUGGAGAAAAACCAUUUGCGUGUGAUAUAUGUGGAAAAUCGUCGAGAAACAAAAGUGAUUUAAGAAAACAUAAAUUGAUUCAUACUAGAGAAAAAAAAUUAUACGCAUGUGAUCGUUGUGAUGAAACAUUUGAGGAUCAUAGACGUUUAACAAGCCAUAACAAACGAAGAGCCAAAGAUCCUUUGGACAAGGAUCGAAAAGAACCAUUUUCAUGUGGUAAUUGUGGUUUUAGAACAUGUGAUUGGGACAGUUUAAUUAAACAUAAUCAAACGCACAAUGAACAAAAUACUAAAGACUCUAUCGACCCAGAUCAAGAAGAACUAUUUGCAUGUGUUAUUUGUGGUAAGAAAUCAUCGGAUCGAGUCAGUUUUGUUCAACAUAAUCAGACUCAUAUUGGAGAAAUUAUUACCAAACCUUUGAUUGAACAAAAACAGAUUCGCGUAAUUCCAAGCGCGGAUUAGACAAUUUUACGAUCAAUCAAUGCUGAUUUUACCAGUAGGAUGAGUUUAGAGGCAGAUGUACAAUCUUAUUUGCUGUGUUAUAUCCAAUCAGAAAGAGAGUAGCAUAUAUGGAUAUCAGGUUAGGUUAGGUUAGGCUAGGUUAUUUUGGCUGCCCACGAAGGACACACUUAGGCUAUAGAGCCCAUUGUGAUACCAUAUAUGUGUUUUGCCACC